AUGAAGACACACCAGGCUGACUUUGGAAUUAUCGUUGCUACUUGCUAUAAGCAGCCCUUACUUAAAACUUAUCCUCACAAGAAUAUUUUCUUUACCAACAGCGACAAUUUUGCUUUUGCUGGACAAAUUGCUCGUCUACUUAUCGUUCAAAAACACAAAUUAGGGGGAACUAUAAGGGAGAAUGAUGAGUUAAGUCUUAAAAAUAAUCAAUUCACUUUAAUUGAUAAAAAAGAAAAAAAUAAAUUACAAUUUUCACUUGCCGACCUUAACUGUAUAAUUCUCGAAAAUAGUCACUCUCGCAUAACUAGUCAUUUACUAAGUAAAUUAGCCGAAAAUAAUAUUUCUUUAAUAGUAACUAAUGAAAAAUAUGACCCAACCGGGGCAGUAGCCAAAUAUUUUUUCCGAAAGCUGUAUGGUGCGAAAUUUGUUCGUUUUGCUGAUGACAACAUUAAUGGUGCACUAAAUUAUGGCUACAAGAUUUUAACUAGUGCUCUUUCGAGAACUAUUACUAGUUAUGCAAUCACUAACCUUUCAAUAUUAGAAAAAGAAAAUAAAUCGUCCUCUCAAAUUAGGGAGGAAAUAACAAAAAUCCUAUAUUAUCCAGUCAAAAUUAACAAUAUAAAGACAAAACUUUAUAUAGCAAUUGAUAUUAUGAUUAAAUCUUUUAUUUCUUGCCUGAAAGAAAAUAGCACUAGUAAAAUAAAACUUCCUACUUUGAUUACCAAAAACUGGAAAAUGGAGAAAAAAGAUAGGUGCUGGCAAAUGAGAAUAAUAGUUUUAUAUGACUUGCCAACCUUAACUAAGGAAAAUCGCAAAUCUUUUCGCUAUUUUCAUAAAUAUCUGCUUAGAAGUGGUUAUUAUAUGCUUCAAUUUUCAGUUUAUGCCAAACUUUGUCAUACUUUUGAUUAUGCCCAAGAAUCCGCCCAAAAGUUAGAGAAAAAUUGUCCCAAAAUAGGAAAUGUUAGAUAUUUUUUGAUAACCGAAAAGCAAUUUCGCGAUAUGAAAAUGGUGGUGGGAAAAGAAACUGAGCAAGAAAAAGUUAAAAACAUUAAUCACUUAGAGUCCAGUUUUCUUCUUCAAGGUUUAUCAAACAAUUAUCCGCUAGUUCCUUAUAAAUCAAUCUUUUUUGCUCUCAUGGGAGCAAGGGAUGCUCAUCUUUUACUUUUAUUAAAAAUAAAAGCAACUUUAAGUAUUACUGUUAAUCCUCAUUUGUAUCAACGGCUAAAAGAAGAAAUUGGCAACCGUCAAAUUAGCAGGUUUGUGGAAAAGACCAUUGCUAAGGAACUAAAUGAAUACGAUGGUAAAUUAGAACAAGAGCAAAAAAGAUUUCAGCAAAAAUUAAUUGAUGGUUAUAAGAGGUCAGCCCGCACAGAAAUUAAAGAUGACAAUAAUCCUAAUCCGGAAAUAGAAGAGAAAAAUCAAGCCACCAAAGAAUGGCUAAAUGCCUUAAAUUUAGACUUAGGAGAAGAGGAAAGAAAAAUUAAAAAAUGA